UUCUGCAGACAAUUUAUCAGUGGUUUUUCUGUUUUGUGGUGAGCAUGGAGUGACCAGGAAUAGUGGGAAUGGACGGAGCCGAGAUCUCAAAAGACGACGAAACAGCAGGCGUCGUGCCCUUGAGCGAGCUCGUAGUCCGCCUCGGGCCAUUGCUCACGAGCAAGGAUGUAGAGGAACGGUUGCGCGGGUACUGGCGCCUCAUCGCCGCCGUCGAGGCCAGCUGCACUGGCCCAAAUGAACCCGCGCUGUCCUCCGAAGAAGUCCGUCACGUGGCCCAGUUUGUCGAAUGCCGGUUGCGUGACCACAGUGCGCUGAUGGCGCCGACGUUGCGCGGGAUCCUGGCCGUGCUGCGCCAGCCUGCAGCCGCCGACGACAGUGUCGAGCGUCUGCUGCAGGGCCUGUUCCAGGAGGGCAACUGCCAAGCGUGUCCGCUGGCAGACAGGCUCGUGUACUACCGCGUAUUCGCCGUGGCGCUGGCUCGGUUUCCGGGCGUCGUGUCGCGGUUGGGCUCCGCUUUCGCGCUGGCCGUCGUUCAGGCCAUGGACGGCGAGAGAGACCCACGCGGGCUCGCGGCGGCGUUUCCGCUGCAUGCCCGCGUCGUCAGCCAGCUGGGCACUGCUGCCAGUCCGCUGUACGAGGACCUUUUCGAGGUCGUGGCCUGCUACUUUCCGAUUGACUUCACGCCGACAUCGGAUGACGAUAAGGGGCAAGUGAGUCGGGAAGAGUUGUCGGAGGCGCUGCGGAAGUGUCUGUCGGCGACGCCGGCAUUUGCGCCUUACUGCAUUCCGCUUGUGCAGGAAAAGCUGGACUCGACGCCAUUGUCGACCAAGAUGGAUACCGUGUCGCUGCUGUACGCGUGUCUGGAUGGUGUGUACGGGAAUGCCGAGUUGCAGAGCGUGGAGUGUGCACGUGGCCUGUUCUGCACGCUGCGAGACGAGGCCCUGGGAAAGGCGGACGUGAACCUGAGCAGCGCUGCAGUGCUGUGCAUAGGUAAGCUGUUUGCAGCUGCCGAAACGCCGCCCAUCGUGCAUCCCUGCGACGGUCUGCUGGACGAUGCCUUCAGAGAGUGGAUGCGAGCAGUGAGUGGCGAUGCUAUGACGCAGGACCGGUUAGCCGCGGCCAACGCCGUGUGGAUUUCCGCCUUGAGAAAUUCCAAGACCACCGCCCAGCGACUCGGCAUCGAGACGUUCAAUUGUUUGGUGGCCGAGCUGAAUCGCACGGCGGACGCGGAACCGCGGGACAUUCUACCGCGACUGGCGUGCGCCAAGGACUUGUUCCACGUCCUCGAGCUUUCGGGAUUGAAGGACUCGGAUGCCCGAGAGCGGUGCUUCGUGACACUCAUGAAGCUGUCGGUGGACGCGAGUGCCGAGGUGCGAAGCGAGGUGUUCCACACACUCGGCGCCUUCCUGCCGCUCUGUUCCGACUCGGAAGCCGAUUUGGUGGUGAGCUACGUGGGUGCGGCAGCCGUGACGGAGACGGACGCCGUUGCUUUGGAUGGCAUCACGGACUGCGUUUCUUGUCUGGCCCAACUGGACCGAUCAACUGCUGGACAGACCGAGGACAAUAAGGGCACGGGUCCUGGGCGCGUGUUGAAUCUCUGCCGGCGGAUCCUGCAUGCCAUCAACAAGGAGCUGGAGAAGCGGGCUGCGUCGUCGACGAGAACCGCAGCAGAGGAGGAGGAGGAGUUGCCGGUGGGCAAGGAAUGUCUGUGGGCCGUGGGCCAGGACGCGGCCAGCUACCGGCUGGCCACAGACACGCUGCUGGAGGCCAUGCACAAUUGGGCUCAAGCAGGAACGGCAGAGACGGUGGCAGUAGCCGCUGGGCUGCUGCGUCGCCUGUGGGAGCGAUCGUCGCCGAACCAGCCGCCGCCUGACGCCCUUCCGCGCCUCGUGGCCUUUGCCAGUGACAAUGCGGCCACGUUGGCGAGGAGCGACCGUCUUUGCGAGGAGCUCCGACUGAUUGUAGAGGUCAUUCUUGCUUCCGGGUCCUGCGACGAGCAAACCCGUGAUGGGAUGAUGCGUGCGCUCGUUGACCGUCUCCUCGCGGGACGCACCGAUGCACACGACCGUGGUUUAUCGGACGAGCAGCUCUUGCUUCCUCCGUCUUCCUUCGCCGGGCUGGCACGGGUUCUGGAGGCCUUCCUUGCCUGCGUGAAGGACGAUGCACAACAGCUUAUUAUUAUGACUCGCGUGACGGACGUCUUGUUGGAUGAAGACGGGAUGUCGUUGACGGAGUUUCAGACCGAGUCUUGCUGCCGGCUCUUGGCGGGCUUGGCUAAUCGUCUGGAUCAGAACUCGUUGGACGAUGUGAUCACCCGAGCUUGUGAGACAGUUGAAACCGUGAGGGAACGUCGUUUCCUCACAUGGUGUUGGCUGGCCUGGAGUGUGGGCCACAGGAACCAUCAUGAAGCGUUCAAGUGCCUGCUAGACAGAGUGCUGAAGACAGUGAGCAGCAGCGGGUCCGUGUCGCCGGUCUGCGUGCGGAAGGGUUUUGCAGUGUUGUUCCGGGAAGUGACGGAAGGGCCAUUGCGGCCCAGCACCGGGGCCAGUGUCAACCCCCUUCUGAGGCAAAAGACCCUGUACGCGGUACUGCCAGAAUUGCUGGCCAGCUUGCGACGGAGCCAACCAGAGGCAGAAACGGCAGCAGCAGCCCUUGUGUCCAUCUUGGACGUGUUGCCCGUGGAGGUUUUACGAGGUUGCCAGGACCAGGUGAUCCCGUCAGUCGUGCUGUCCCUGCAGGCCCUGCAGCCCCUGGGCAUGGUGAGCAGCCUACAGUGCCUGGCCCGCCUCCUGCGCGAAUCGGACUCACUCAAAGCCGUCAUGGGCCACGUGGACACGCUCGUGCCGCGUCUGCUGUCCUUUGCCCGCUUUGAAGGCAGCAUGCAAGUACGGAUGCGGGCCUUGGAGUGCCUCCAGCUGCUGGCCGACGGACCCGAAGUCAAAGUGUUGCCGCUCAAGCCGCGCGUGUUGCGAGACCUGAAGCCGUCGUUGGGCGACCGAAAGCGGCUCGUGAGGAAGGCGGCCGCGGACGCCAGUUGCGCCUGGAGUCUCCUGGGCGAACUCUGAUUUGAGUUGUACCGUCCGCCACGCUCUGUUUUAUUCUUGCCGGCAUUUUUUUUUCUUUCUUUAUUAUCUCGUCGUCAUAUAUCUGUCUGUCAUCUCUUACUUGACUCAAGUAAGCAAUUUUGUAGACAGUACAGUACAGUACAGUACUGAAAAAUGCAGUACAGUAUAGAGUACAGUACACUAUAGGUCAGGGCUUUUCGACUUUUUUUUAUAGACUACUGUGCCACUUAUUGUGAGGCACAAUUAGCGGCAGUCGGUGUUCACCUAUGAUGUAUGCCACAUACUCAGGGUCUGCGUGUAUACCUUUGCAUGGAGGGUGGGCCUUCCAUGCUGACAAAUCAUGGAGAGACGAGAAAGCCAUAUAUCAAUAGUAAUCUCACACUCCUAUACUGCUGCAUUUUGUGCAUCAUUCCGCGUACCUCAUCAAUAACGAGUGCUGUCAAGUGUCCCAACAUCAGUUGAAAAGCCCUGUCCUAUUCGUGUACGGUCUCGUCAUCUUUGCUGCUGCUGCUGAUGUGUCGACGCCGAUUGAGGCGGGAACAAGCAAUUAUAUGGGUGAAGAAUAAAGACUCGUGAGUGAGUGCAUGACGGAA